UAAAAUAACACUAAAAUGUUUUGCAGAUUUGACAAGUUUAAUGCCAAAUACAACCCUGUUGGAGAGUCUCGACUGCGUGAGGUCUUCCUCAAAACUGACAACUACCUUAAUGGAAGACAUUUUGGUCAUAUAAUAAAGGAAGUAAUGUUUGACCUGGAGGAAAGCAAGUAUCAGAAUGCUGAAUUGAGGCUUUCAAUAUAUGGGAAGUCAGCUGAUGAGUGGGAUAAACUGGCACACUGGGCUGUAGAGCACAAUGUGCACUCGGAGAAUGUGCGCUGGCUCAUCCAGGUGCCACGCCUUUAGUGAGUACAAUAUACUGUCUCUAGCUUAU